ACCUCAUCAUGCUGCACACAUCUUAUCAACCCGACCCAAACAACCAAGGACUCCGGCAGAGUUACAGGCUGUCAAACAGAUGUCUGUCUCAGAUUUAAACAUCUGUGAUCCAAACAACUAUAAGAAUAAAACGGUAUAUUGCACAGCGAAAAUAGGCAAAUUUGUGCCAGAAGAAAGGUGGUUCUAUUUGGCUUGCCCAAAAUGCUUCAAGGAAAUGAGGAAAAAGCCACAAAGCCAAUUACUAAUCUGUGCAGAACAUGAUAUGCAGCAACCUCUUUACAGUUGUACAAAUGAAGAAGUUCAACAACAAUUGAGCCAAUUCAUGUGUCCUAUGCCUCAUCACUUCCCAUCACAUCUGAAACUCCCUUCUAUAUUUGAUUUUGGUUUCCAAUUGUCAUGAACUUCUCAAUUAAACUAUUUUGCAUCUUUUGUGAAUACUGGCAUAGAUUUCAGUCACGUCAUUAUUUUCCAUAUAUCAUUCUGCGAAUUUUGAUGAAGAUAUAGCAUUGCAGCUUUUGUCAAUGUUUGUGUACUUUGCUGUAUUAAGUAGAAUUUUAAACACCACUAUAAAUUUUUCUCCGUAAUA